AUGGCGUCUAGACUGGCGAGGAGUGCGGCCGGAGCCACCAAACUCCGACCAACGUUAUCCCUCCGAACUCUCCCAUCACUCAGCACUCCAUUGACCUCCGUCCGCUACGCUUCAGGUGUCCCGUCAGAAGACCCCAAGAAGAAGGCAGCAUCGAUCGUCGACGCUCUCCCCGGCAACUCUUUGGCCAGCAAGACCGCCAUUCUCUCCGCCGGCGCGGGCGUGUCGAUCUGGGCCAUCAGCAGCGAAUUGUACGUCGUGAACGAAGAAUCCGUCGUCGCCUUCUGCCUUCUGUCCGUCUUCUACGGUAUCUUCAAGUACGGAGGUCCGGGAUAUACCGAGUGGGCAAACACCCAAGUCGCCAAGAUCAAGGACUUGCUCAACGAGGCGCGAACGAACCACGCUGCAAGCGUCAAGGAGAGAAUCGAAGAUGUCAAGCCCUUGAGCAACGUCGUCGACAUCACCAAGCAGCUCUUUGAAGUCUCAAAGGAAACUGCCCACCUUGAAGCUAAAGCUUUCGAACUCGAGCAACGAACCGCCCUGGCCACGGAAGCCAAGAACGUGCUCGAUUCCUGGGUCCGAUACGAGGGACAGGUCAAGCAACGUCAACAGAAGGAAUUGGCCGACAGUGUCAUCGCAAAGGUUACCAAGGAGCUUGAGAACCCCAAGGUUCUGCAACAAAUUUUGACCCAGAGCGUGGCCGAUGUGGAGAGAAUCGUCGCCAGCAAGUCGCAAUAG